UCCUCUCGACCUCUGUUUUGCAGUAAACUCCAACACUUCCUGCUCGCUGUCCGGCUGUAAAAAUCUGAAAAAGGCGAUGAUUUUGACAGAAAAGGAUUAUUUUGUCGAUUGAUUUGGAUUGAGUUUCAACGCAAGAUGAGCUGGAUUCCUUUCAAAAUCGGACAACCGAAGAAACAAAUUGUUUCAAAAACGGUUGAAAGGGACUUUGAGCGGGAAUAUGAGAAGCUUCAAAAGUUGGAAGAACAGACAAAGAAGCUGCAUAAAGACAUGAAGAAAAGCACAGAGGCUGAUUUAGGAAUGUCUAAAGCAGCGGUGAAGAUCUCAGGGGACUUGUUGAGUAAUCCAUUGUGUGAGCAGGAUCAGGCUUUCCUUGAAUCUAUGACUGCUCUGGAUACAGCCAUGAAGAGAAUGGAUGCAUUCAAUCAAGAGAAGGUCAAUCAGAUUCAGAAGACUGUGAUCGACCCAUUGAAAAAGUACAGCAGUGUGUUUCCCAGUCUGAACAUGGCGGUGAAGCGCAGAGAACAGGCUCUUCAAGAUUAUAAGAGACUCCAGUCCAAAGUGGAGAAGUAUGAAGAAAAAGAGAAGACAGGGCCCAUCAUGGUCAAACUGCAUCAGGCCAGGGAAGAGCUGAAACCUAUCAGGGAAGACUUUGAAGGCAAGAACAAGCAGCUAUUGGACGAGAUGCCCAAAUUCUACAACAGCCGCGUCGACUACUUUCAGCCCAGCUUUGAGGCUCUGAUACGAGCUCAGGUAGCCUAUUUUACUGAGAUGCACAAGAUCUUCACUGAAUUGACGGAUCAGAUUGAGCAGGGUGGACUGACAGAUGAACAGAGAAAACAAGAGAACGAGGCCAAGCUGAAUGAGUUGCGUGCUCUGUCCAUCGUGGCCGAUGACUGAUACAGAAGACAUCCUGUUUUACUCUCACACGCCACGAAGAUGUCCUCGUGUUUAAAGUAUAGUUCACCCCAAAAUGACAAUUCUGUCAUCUUUUACUCACGCUCAUUCUGUUUUUAACCCAUACAACUUGCUUUCUACUAGCAACAUGAGUAAAUGAUGACAGAAAUGUUUAAAUGAACAAUACUUUAAAACAUUGCCUGAAGUUAUGUCGAGCAUGGUGGAUUUUAGUACAUGCAUUUAUUUCUCUUUCAUGUUACGUGUUUGUUUGUUUUUUUUAAACUUGAUUAUGUAGAAGCCCGAUCUUGACACACUGAUGAAGCCAUUAAGAAUCUAGCGAUACUUUUGCCAUUUAUCACUGUUUUACGGGAAUCUUCAAUUUGUUUAUUCAGAUACUAAUAUUCUGAUGACGUUUUUCUUCUUUGCUGGAAUAUUGUCAUACCUACCUUUAUUCCAGGUACCAUUCCAGUAAUAAAGCCAUUUUUGCUAAUCAAACUUCCUAAAUGUAUCAUUUCACCUACUCAAAUCAAUUUUAUUACAAUUAGAAACACUACAGUCAACUAACGGUUGAGGUCAAAUACACUGGUGGUCAAAUUCAGAUACAAAAUCUAAAAAGUUAAAGGGAUAAAUAACCCAAAAAUGAAAAUUCAUUUUGUUCCCAAUUACUCGUUCUUCUGUGAAAAACAAAACGAGAUGGAAACUUCCAUACUAUAGUGAAAAAAGGCCCUUCAGGUAGGGUAAAAACCCGAAAAGUUUGAUUGCUUGGUAGUCCACAGCAUGAGGGUAACUUAUCUCUGUCCACACACUACAUAAGAUAUAUUCUUUUCUAUUCUCUGGUAGUUUUAAAAAGUGUUCAUCCCUAAACAGUGCAACACUGUAAUCUUGCAGAGACAGUGACCAUUUAUACAAGCAUUUUAAUAUGUCAUAUUGAUUAAUAUGUGAAGGGUUAUUUUGGAAAAAUGUUACUAUUGUCAGAGCUAACAGAAAUGAUAUGAACUGUGUUAUAACUUUGUUUCUUGAUCAUAUCUUCAUGUUGAGGUAAUUGCUGUGAAGGGAGCACAGGCAUUCAAGUUAGACUCUGGCUCCCUCUACUGACAGAUGCACAAAUGUGCAGUAAUUUGAUUGGGAUGUUUUUAUUUACUCUACAUAACUUGCCCCUGUUUUUUUGUUUUUUUGGGGGGGUGGGGGUGGAAGCGGUUUAGUUAUAAAGGAUAGACAUUUUUUUAAACAAUAGUUCAACAGCCAUAAUAAACAAUGUACUGUUUGGAAAUAUGAUUUUAAAAGUUGCCAACUGUUUCAGGACCAAUUAUCCAAGCCACACUUUGUCAUUUCUUUUGUUUUCGAAAAAAAAAAACACUUCUGACAAUCAAUAUAGAUUCAAAGCAUUUGUUCAACUGGAAAGCCUUAUGUGUAUAAAUGGAACAUUAUUAGAUUGUCUCUGAAAUUAAGAGGUCGUUUAAAUUGGAAUAUAAAAUGUGCCUUCACUGAUUUUUAGUAAUUCUUGUCAUAACUGAUGCAAUGUGUUUGAUUCCCAGGCAAUAGACAAACUAAUAAAAUGUACAACUUGAAUGCACUGUAAGUCGCUUUGGAUAAAAGAGUCUGCCAAGUGAAUACAUUUAAACAGUAUGUGUUUUUGCAGUCCAAUCUUGCCACUUAAGAAAUGAAUGUUUGACUCUCCUAAAAAAAAAAAAAAAAAAAAAAAUGUUGAAACCAUUUCCUGUCUGGAAGCAUAGCCUUAUGUUUGUAUUCCUCAAAUUAAAGUUUUUUUCCCCUCCC